UGCCAAACGAAAAAAAGCAUUUGUGCUCUGGAUUGAACAGCCGUUGUGUUGAUUGAAAACAGAAAAGCCCUUUUCACACCUUGACGCACCACUCUUCCAUUGUUCCUCUCGUUGCAAAAUAUAAUAUAAUAUAAUAAAUAAAAAGUAAAGGCGAGGCAAGCCUGCACAGGUCCAGACACGCACUUUGGCAGCUGGCAUUACAAAAGCUACAAAAGGCUUGAAAAUGGCACCGCACUUUGAUCCGCCCAUGUGGGAGCAACGGCGCAUUUGCAUAGCAAACACACUGUACGCGCACAACGUGCAAAGCGUUCUAGAGGUGGGAUGCGGCGAAGGCAAUGUUCUCUCAUUCCUCGUGUCGCCAUCGCCAAACGACCAGCACCCAAUCACGCACCUCACAGGCCUGGACAUUAGCUCCUCAGCACUGAACCUCGCCUCGCAGGCUCUGCGCCCCACCUUGCAAGACACUCGCGACCUGCGCACCGACCCGCUGCACAUCACGCUCCUCCUGGGCGACGCCACCGCAGGGCCGCUUGGCCAGGACUUCGAUGCCGACGCUGUCGUGUGCUCGGAGGUCAUCGAGCACGUGCACGAGGCCCAAGUGGGCGCACUGACCGCAGCCAUAUUCGCCAUUGCCCCGCGCCUAGUCAUUGUCACAACGCCCAACACCGAGUUCAACGCCAACUUUGCCGGGCUCAACUACGGCACGCCAGAGGCGCGGCUACGCGACGCCGACCACAAGUUCGAAUGGACGCGUGCGCAGUUCGAGCAGUGGGCGGAUGCUGCCGCCGAGGCCUUUGCGUACAACCUUGAGGUGCGCGCCAUUGGGCUGCGGAUGCGCGGCGCUUCGGAGGGCUUUGUUGCGUGCGGCGGGUGCUCCCAGAUGGCUGUGUUUGUGCGCCGCCCGGAGGCCCGGCGGCGGAGCCAGCGCGAGACUGGUGCGGGAAGGCCGGUUGUGGUUGCAAGGUUUGAGUAUCCGGUUUUUGAGGGCCCACGGCUGUCUGGUGCGGAGCUGGCUGGGCUGGUGCGCGAGAUGGCGCAAAUGGUUUCCGACUGCGAGUCUACGUGCUUUGGCUUUGAAAGCCUGUGGGACGUGCUGGAGGUUAGGCAGCAGUUUGGCAGGAGGAGCGCGCUGGCCGAGUGGCUGGACGCCGGCCAUGGUGGAAUAUUCGCUGUUGCCAGCAGUGCUAGCGGCUCUGCCGCCGGCCGGCGGUACCGCAUCGGCAGCUGCAGCUGAGCGCAGCGCUUUCUUUGUAGUUUUUUGUAGUGCUGCUUUAGGAAAAAUGGGUGCCCGGAGCACGCAUGAUUUCCCUCCUUCCUGGUCAAUUGUGCGUGGCACGUGCCCACGUCGUAAUAAAGUGCAAAAGGGGCGAGCGACCAAGCGAGCAUGCACGCGGAAAAAGAGAGGCCUUGUUCUAUUU